AUGAGAGUCCCUGCUUCAUCGGACACCACGAACAGUAGCCCAGGAGGGAGGAAUCUUGUUGGCUAUAACGAGCCGACUUCGGUGCUCGACCUCCGUAGAAGCCCAAGUCCAGCGGCGGCGGAGGAGAAGCCAGUCGUCGCGGAAAUUACCGGUGGUGAUAAUCAGUUUCCGUUAGAAGAUCAUGCGAUGCGUUCCAUGGAUUGGGAUUCGAUCAUGAGAGAAUUAGAAUUAGACGACGACUCUGCUCCUAGUUUGAAAUCCAAUUUCCCUCCGUCUACCAUUUCGCCGUCACACUUCGCCGUCGAUCCACAGCUUCCUGGAUUCCCCGAUCAGCUUCAUCCGGCGGAGUUUCGGUCCUCCGAUGUUUAUCCGGGUCACGGGUACGGGUUUGAUAACAACAACAGCAACAACGAAGGUAGUGUCAAUGGAGGAUUCGAUUUCGUAGAAGAUCUCAUCCGAGUUGUUGACUGUGUCGACUCGGAUGAGUUGCAACUCGCUCAGGUGAUAUUGUCACGGCUCAAUCAACGUCUCAGAUCUCCGGCGGGAAGACCGCUCCAGAGAGCAGCGUUUUACUUCAAGGAAGCUCUCGGAUCGCUUUUAUCCGGGUCGAACCGGAAUCAAAACCAGUUAACUCCAUGGUCUGAGAUUGUUCAGAGAAUCCGAGCGAUCAAAGAAUUCUCCGGGAUUUCUCCGAUCCCUCUGUUUUCUCAUUUCACGGCGAAUCAAGCAAUCCUCGAUUCUCUGACCUGGCAACAAUCCUCUUCGCCGUUCGCUCACGUCGUCGAUUUCGAGAUCGGAUUCGGCGGUCAAUACGCAUCGCUCAUGAGAGAGAUCGCCGAGAAAUCAUCGAUUACCGGCGGUUUUCUGAGAAUCACGGCGGUUGUACCGGAAGAAUGCGCCGUCGAGACGCGACUCGUCAAAGAAAACCUAGCUCAAUUCGCCGCAGAUCUGAAAAUCCGAUUUCAAAUCGAAUUCGUUUUGAUGCGAACCUUCGAGAUGUUAUCAUUCAAAGCGAUCAGAUUCGUCGAAGGAGAGCGAACCGUCGUUCUGCUUUCUCCGGUGAUAUUCCGUCGUCUAAACGGAAUCUCCGGUUUCGUCAACGAUUUAAGGAGAGUUUCACCGAAAGUCGUCGUCUUCGUCGAUAGCGAAGGAUGGACGGGAAUCUCCGGAGCCGGAUCGUUCCAGAGAGAGUUUGUUAGCGGUCUCGAGUACUACACGAUGGUUCUGGAAUCUCUCGACGCCGCAGCUCCUACCGGAGAUUUGGUGAAGAAGAUUAUAGAGGCGUUUGUGUUGCGACCUAAAAUCGCGGUGGCGGUUGAAGCGGCGGCGAGUAAGAGACGAACCAGUGGAGAGAUAACGUGGAGAGAAGCGUUUUGCGCGGCGGGGAUGAGGACGAUUCCGUUAAGCCAGUUUGUUGAUUUCCAAGCCGAGUGUCUAGUGGAGAAAGCGCAAGUGAGAGGGUUCCACGUGGCGAAACGACAAGGAGAGUUAGUGCUUUGCUGGCACGAAAGGCCUAUGGUUGCCACGUCAGCUUGGCGGUUUUAA